AAGCUGAUCAGAAGGAGCAGAGAUGGAAGAAAAAACCUGUUAGAUCCCCACUCCCUUAUCCCCCGCCGUUAAUGCCUGCCAAUUCCCGAUGGUGUGUCUCCUACCGCUCAUCCAGCCUGCAUUGAAACCUUUCCAGCGACAGGUCUUUCAUCACUUCCCUGGGGAGGCUGUUGCAUGACUGUGAGAUUUAAUAACAACACAAAUGCCCUGGGCUCCGACAUAACCCUUAACAGCCAGGGAUCUCCCAGGGCUUCACAAUGGAGAGCAGCUCUGUUUUCAUCAAGGGGAGGGGCAGAAAAGGGAAGAGAAAAAAUGAAAUUAUUUAUCCACUGCCACCCAAAAUUAGCAGCAGACUUAAGAAUCAAGCCCAGGUCUCCUGAGUCCCAGUCUGGUGCUGUAACUACUGUGUUUUGAGACAGCCUGAUCUGUCUAAUUCCCUUGGGUCACUUCAAACAAGCUAAGAUACCUUGUAGAUCAUAUUUAUGACCAAUUUCCUGCUGAUUUUUUUUCAUGGUGUGGGUAUCAGUUUUGAAAAAAGCCUGAUAAUCCAGCCUUGAAAAUUGGGCUUUGUCCACCAAAGACGUCGUGUGAGGGCUCUCACAGGGAGGACAUCUGGUGCCUCAGCUGAGCUGUUGUGUGUUUAAGGCCAGGAGCAGCACAUCUGUAGCAUUAUUAAUGUAGAUUACAAAAUAAAUUGUAGGGCAAUUGACCAAGCUUAGUCUGAAACAACCCCAGUAUUAAUGUCCUUUUUAAAUGGGAGCCCUGCAAGAAGCAAAUUCCCAGUUGCAGGGUGAGGGUCUGUCAGAAGCAACCUCUUGGGCUUUGCAAAGUGUCUGAAUGCAUCUUCAUUCUUAUACAGCUCAGAAACAGGUUCCUGACUGUUUUUGGACAGCAAAAUUCCUAUGAGACUUGUCAUUAGGGAAGGGAAUUCCUCCUCUGGUUUCCUUCAGUGAGUCAACUAUCCCUCUGGUCCUGGAGGCUGAUGGAGUUUUUCUUUUCCUUUUCUCCCACCCUGAGUGCUUGCAGGGUUUUGCCAGGCAGCUGCCAUGUCCCCCCCAAGACAUGUCUGCUUUCCCCUCCCACUAAAGUAAUUUUUAUCUGCCAGCUGGGGGUGUUGCAGCGUUUACCUCACUCUUAGCAAAAGCCCUGGGAUGGAAAACAUUAAAUCUGGACAAAAGGAUUAUUGCAAUAUCAAUGUUAAGCACACUUAACCUAACAACAAGGCCUCGUAAUAGAGCCCAAGGAAAUGAUUAUUUUAGGUGGUGACAGGAAAAAGGACAGGGAAAAGAGAACAAAAUGGAAGGACGACACACUUGGAUUCUUCUGCAAGAAGGGAUGUAAGGCUUUCAGGACUGCUGGAGUUUUGUAUCAGAGUACCAAGGACUGAGAUCUCCCGGGUGUGGAGCUGCCAGAGCAGCUCACCUGUUUGCAUCAGGUCAGCACGGUGGCUGUGGCAGGACACCCCACCACACGAGAGUUAAAAGGAAUUGCUUCUCCUGAGUGUGGUCACUCUAUGAAAGGCAAACAUGUGAUGGGAGAAGAGCUAAUGUCUAAUGGUAAAUGGCUGUACAUUUGUGUAGAUGUACAGGAGGUGAUGUUUCCAGGUGCAGUAUGGUUUAUGGAAGAGAUUAGGGAAGAGCUUACAAGGGGAGGGAAGGGACAUGAGCUGCUCUUUGCCUGUUGUGCUUGUUUGCACCAGGUUUAUAUUGCACCUUAUUAGCCUGUUCUGCUUCCAAGCUUUCUCCCAGCGAAGCACUUUUGUCUAAUGUCCAGCCUGAACCUCUCAACCUGCAAUAUUUGUCUGGCACUACUGAGAAUUUGACUCUGCUUGGAAAAGUCUCUUCUCAUCCUCCUGUCAGGAUUUCUGCUGUGCUUCUCUGCUCUCUCUGAACUCUCAGCAAGACAGGAGAUCCCAGGGGACAGAGAAUCCCUUCAGAUCAUGAUUUUUAAUGGAUUGCCAUUAAACACCACAGUCUCAGGAAUGGGUCACCUCAGUUUCUACUUCUGGAAAGCAGGUGAAUCCCAGUGGCAUCCUGCUGGCCCAUGGGCCCCCUCACUAAGAGGCAGGGGCAGGGACCAGCCCAGUCCCCAGGCCCUGGUGCUUCUGGAGCUGUGCCCCUCUUCCUCAGGGGAGGCAGGUAUGAAAGUGGGAGAGGGUAGUGGGUGGGCAUGGGCUUCCCUUGGGCUCCCCCCGACUCCUGUGGGUCCCCCAUUGUUGCCCUGACAAAGGCAGCCCUAUUCCUCCCCACAACUAUUCCUUGUCAGCAUCCCUCAGCAUUUCAGCUGCAGAUUUCCUGCCUACUGGCAGCCUUUCAAGAGGCAGAACGUGGAUGGAAAGGGGAUUAGUGGAGCAGGCUGGUGGAAGGUGGUUCUUGGCCAUGGGGUGGGGCAGGGUCAGGCCCACUCCCCAGGAAUCUCACCAGCAGGGUGGAGAUGUCCCCAGAAAUGUCCAGAUUCUGCUCCCUGAAGUUCUCCACCCUGUGCCAAGCCAGCAGGGAGCUGCCCUGGGUCCCCAAUGCCAGUGAGGUCAAGAGGUUGGCUCAAAGCCACACAGGAGCCAAGACCUGAAGCUGAAUUAAGGGAUUCCAUGCCUAAUGUAGGAGCUGUGGCCUCGCUCCAUCAUCCCUUCUCUGGCUCUGCUGUGCGUGGCUCUGGACUGGCCUGUUUGAUGCUGGUUUUGCACCACACUUUGUUUCAUGGUGUGGGUCAACUGUGAGACCCCAAGACUGCAGAAACUGAGCCUUGGGAGCUGGGUGAUUCCCAGGAUCAGGAGACAGGCUCUUCCAGCUCCUGCUCGCCUCCUGCCCACAUUGGCCAGCUCUGAGGGAUGAUGGCCAUGGAGAUGGAGGAUCAGCGCUGUCCUGUGUGGGUUUCACUGAUCCUGCACAGGAUUUUGGGGACAUCCAUCCCCACAGCCAUCAGCUCAGCCCAAGAUUUCCUGGAGGAAAGGCCUGAGAGCCUGAGGUGCCUGGUCCUGCUCUGGGGAUACUCCAUGUGCUGCAGGGAUGGAGGAGGAAGGGGGCCCAGAUCCCCCACAUCAUGCUUUGCCUUUGGGAAAGCCUCCUGCAAUGGAGCAGUGAUCCCUGCAGUAAACAAACCCUUCCCAGGGCUGCUAAUGGGAACCAUAUGGUAGAGAGGGGCCUCUGGGCCUCUGUGGUCACGCUCCUUCCCUGUGCUGGAGCCCCUCGAACAGCGCCGGGCCGGAUCAGCCCUGGUGGCCCCUCUGGAGAUGAGAAGGGGGAAAGGCUCCCCGCACCCGUCCUGCCUGUGGGAAACGUGAUCCUUCGGCAGGUUGAGAUCGGAGAUUGCCGUGAGGGGCAGCCCCAGCUUCCCUCUGCCUCCAUCUGCCCCAGGGUCAGGCAGAAAGGUGAGGGGAUGCAGGAGGCUGUUAGGGAAAAGCUCUGAUCGAGCAGCGUUGCCCUCCUCCCCUCACACUCCUCCCUGCCUGGAGCCAUCAGGCGCUGCAAGGGGCAGGACAAGAGAGGCUGGAAGGGAAAGGGGCUCUCCCUUUGUCCUGAGCCAAAAACCCGAAACUGCUGGCACCACCUAGAGAGGGAGGACGGUCCUUGCUGCUGCUCUUCCCAGGCUGUGUGAGUGGCUGAGGACCUUGAGGACAGUCAGAUCCUGACUGUGCCGGCAGCUCUGGUGCCAGUCUCUGCUGUGGGCCGUGCGGGCUCUGGGGCUUUGUCACACCUGCCCACCGCACCCCUCAAAGCCAGCGAGCCCCGAGGCUUCCUGAGCUGUCGUGAAGGCUUUGUAACAUCGGUGUGGCAGCAGUCCUUAGGCACUGCCGUGUCACCACGAUCCCACCUCAUGGAGGCUGGUGGUGGCUGCCUUGGGCUCCAGUGCCAGCCUGUGCUCCUGGGAAGAGCAAUGACAACAGCCGAGAGCCUCCAAGAAAACCUCGUGUAGUUCCUCACUUGCUCUGUUCCCUUAUCGCCUCAGCACACCCUUCCCCUUUGAGAUCUGUGCUCCUGCCCUUGGCAGGAAGGAGGUUUAGCAGCUCCCGCAAGGGCUCUCUCUGCAGUCGGGCCGGGACAGCGCGGGCACAGGGCUGUGAGAGGUCUUGCAAGAGUCUGUCUUAGACGGCUCCGCAGGGAACAUCGACGCACAGGCUUCAAGCUCAGGAUUAAACAGACGGACAAGGGAAAGGAACCAUGUUCCAGGCCACGGGAGCCGCCAGCCCACCCCCAACUCAUGAGGCCAAGAACAGCUCAGGAGGCAGCACAGUGCAGCGCUCCAAGUCUUUCAGCCUGAAGGCACAGGUGAAGGAGAUAUGCACUGCCUGCCAGAAAACCGUGUAUCCCAUGGAGCGGCUGGUGGCUGAUAAAUUUGUCUUCCACAACUCCUGCUUCUGCUGCAAGCACUGCCACACCAAGCUCAGCCUGGGCAGCUAUGCUGCGCUCCACGGGGAAUUCUACUGCAAGCCCCACUUCCAACAGCUCUUCAAGAGUAAAGGCAACUAUGACGAAGGCUUCGGGCGCAAGCAGCACAAGGAGCUGUGGGUGCACAAGGAGGUGGAGAGUGGGACCAAGUCGGCGUGAGUGGGGCCAGCCUCGCUCCUGGAGCCCAGCAGAGCCGGAGGAGCUGAGCCAGGGCUAACUGAGCUGAUGUAAAGCAGGACCUGUGGGAGGGGAGGGUGUUCACAGGCGUCCUGCAGGCCUGAAGGACAGGGCAGAGGUGAUCAGGGUGCAGCCCCCAGACCUGAAGCCCUCUCUUUGCAGGCCCCUCUCCCCAGUGAGAUCAGAGCAGAAGCAAUUGCACCCAUGGGAGUCCCAGCCCUGUUGAUCCACUUCAGGCUUGUCCCCAUGGAAAAGGAGAUGAGCUGGGGGUUUAUCCAGCUUGUGAGUGACUGCAGAGCUCCCAGCUCUGCCACCAACCCUGCACUGCUGGGGCUCUGGAUAAGGAGGGUCUUCGAUUUACAUCAGCUCAGUUCAGCUGGGAUGGUUCAGCCUUAAGGAUGCUGCCCUGCCACGGUUUAACAGUGUCUCUUUUUUAUAUUUGCCUUUGACUGGUACGUUCUGCGCUGGAGCCUCGCGGCAGCUUCACAUGCGCUCCUUUAUUUUUGUAAUACAAGGUUUCUGAGCCUUC